CAGCAACUGGCGCCGACUGCAUCGCUCGCCCAACGCAUUUCAAAAGGAUAAAGGUUUCCGAUGGAGGACAUUCCGUGGACGGAGGCUGUGACCGCUGCGAAGUUUGACCACCUGCUCGGCCUGCCACAAGGCACCGUACGAACUUUAUCUGUGAAACGUCUGACGAAGGUCGGCCAGAAUUACGGAAGCACUCUAUUGAGUAUUCAGGCGCAUCUGCGAGAUGGUGAAACGCUGGACCUUGUCGGCAAAUUCAUGCCUCCAACAGAAAUGCAGAAAAAAGUUUUCGGUAGCGCGACGACAUUUUUAAAAGAAAUAAACGCGUACCGCUCCAUAAAUGUCGAACUAAUUAAGUUGCAGCGUGAGAGGGGCGUUCCGGCUGAGGAAGUGUGCGACCCUUUGCCGCGGUAUUACGGAUCGCAGGUAAACAGCGCCGGCGACGACUCGGCGGCGGCCGAUGACAACGCGGUGCUCCUGCUGGAGAACCUGACCUCCAGCGGCUACCGGAUGGUAGACCAGAUGACCGGACUCGACCUUCCGCACGCCAGGAUGCUGGUCAGGAAGAUCGCCCAGUUCCAUGCGUCAGCUGUCGCUCUCAGGAUCCUCAAACCACAAGUAUUUAAAGACGUUAUCAAAGGCAAGUGUAAAUUCGACAGCAUGCCUCCUGAAGAGCAGAAGCGAUUCAGCGACGUCAUGGUGGAACACAUGUGCCGACUUCCAGAGAUCGCACCGUUCAACGAUAAAGUAAAAGCUGCUUUCGAACGCCUCAGUGACUUGCCGUUCGCAAAACUUUGGGCGGAAGUUGUGGAACCAUUUGCUUCGCUAUCACACAAUGAUUUGUGGGUUAACAACAUGGUUUUCCGAUACGAGGACAGUGAGAAGCCAACGGACGUUAAAUUUUUUGACUUCCAGACUCUGACCUACUCUUCACCUGUAAGAGACCUGGUAUUUUUCCUGUAUACCAGCCUACGACACGAUCUGGUUAGAAACAGUGUCGAUGAACUGACAGAUGCUUACUAUGAGAAUUUCGUGGCUUGGCUGAAGAAACUGGGGUGCAAGACAGCAGUCUUCACAAAAGCAGAAUUCAUGAAGGAAAUCGAUAGGGUCGCCCCGACAGAGAUUGUGCACAUACUGAUGAUGCUGAAUGUAAUUUGCGCUGAGGAACAUGAAAAGUUUUCUAUAGAUGAUGUGAGUGAUUCAGUUCCUCCGUUUUCGUCGGGCGAAAUGUAUCGAAAGAAAGUAUUAAUUACCCUCCAAGAUUAUGAUGCAAGAAGUUGGCUAUAAGAUAAA